AUGGAGCUGGCUGAGCAGCAGAGACCCCGGAGCGGGAUGGACUCGCUCAAGACCAAGGGACAAAUUGACGAAGUUCGUUUAGAGUCUGCCCUCGGCCACAAGCAAGAAUUAAACAGGCAUUUUGGACUAUGGAGCCUUACUAGUCUCGGGAUUGUGAUUGCAAAUUCCUGGGCAUCAUCGGGAGGUACCAUUGUCGCAGCCCUCCAAAACGGAGGUCCGAUGGCCGUUCUCUACGGUCUUAUCCUCGUUAGCAUUUUUUACACGGCCAUCUCUGCGUCCUUGGCUGAGCUAGCCUCAUCCAUGCCUUCCGCCGGCGGCGUGUACUACUGGUCCGCAGUACUCAGUCGAAAUCGUGGCCGUAAAGCAGGAUACUUUACUGGAUAUCUCAACGCCUGCGCUUGGUUAUUAUCCGCGUCAUCUAUGAGCUCGAUGCUUGGAAAUGAGGGUGUUGCGAUGUAUUUGUUGAAAAACACCAGCGUGAAAUGGCACUCGUGGCAAGUUUUCGUUGCUUUUCAGCUCGUUAAUUGGACGUGUUGCGCUAUCGUUUGCUUUGGGAAUCGAUUUGUCCCGAUGCUGAAUAGGAUUGCUUUGACGGUUUCAAUGUGUGGUCUUGUCGUGACGGUCAUCGUUCUAGCUGUGAUGCCGAAAAGCCACGCCAGCAAUGCACAGGUUUGGACGGAAUUCCACAACAAAACAGGAGGGUGGUCAGAUGGGGUGUGCUUCAUGACGGGAUUGCUGAAUGGAGCUUUUGCCGUCGGUGUACCAGAUUGCAUUAGCCACCUCUCUGAAGAAGUGCCAAAGCCUGAAGUGAAAGUUCCCCAAGGAAUAAUGCUACAAAUGCUUACCGCAUUCACAACUGCAUUCGUCUACCUAAUUGCCCUCUUCUACUCUAUUCAAGACCUCGACGGCGUUUACGCGAGCGAUAUCAACUUCUUCCCAACAGCCGAAAUCUACCGACAGGCCACUGGCUCGAAUAAUGGGGCAAUCGGACUAAUCGCCGUUCUAUUCAUCGCUACAUUUCCUACCCUCAUUGGCACCUUCAUUACAGGCGGACGAAUGUGGUGGAGUCUAGCACGAGACGAUGCCACGCCAUUCGCAAGCUACUUCGCCCGGAUCCAUCCAACACUAAACUGUCCCGUACGCGCAACCGUCGCGAUGAGCGGGUUGGUCACAUGCCUUGGCUGCAUCUACGUAGGCAGCACGACAGCCUUCCAAGCUCUAAUAUCCUCAUUCAUCGUCCUGAGCUCCCUCUCUUACUUCGGCGCUAUUCUCCCACACGUCCUAUCGAGCCGACGUAAUAUGGUGCCGGGACCGUUCUACAUGGGCCAGAAGCUCGGUAUGCUGGUGAAUAUCGUUGCGCUUGUUUAUAUUAUGGUGACGGUUGUUUUCUUCUGCUUCCCGCUUGUCAUGCCUGCUACGGUGCAGAAUAUGAAUUAUACCAGUGUUAUCACGGUGGGAUUGAUGGCGCUGGUCGGUUUGUGGUGGAUUUUCAGGGGUCGGGAAGUAUACAGGGGUCCGCAGUAUAGCUUUGAGGCUGCGGAGAGGUUGAGUGCUCUGCAAGCUGGAAAGGAGGGUCGGCGAUCCUUCAUUGAUAUUAUGGGGGAAACGCCGGUGCAAUGUGUUGAUGAGGGUUGCCAUGUGAAAUGA